CAGACUGGAGCUCAGAGAGCAGGGAGAUCAUUGUUUCUCUGGGAAAACUGGCUUUUAAUCAGCUGGAGAGUGGCAACCUGAUCUUCUACGAGGCAGAUAUGGCAGAGUGUGACAUCGAUAUCAGAGCAGCCUCAGUGUACUCAGGAGUGUUCACCCAGAUCUUUAAAGAGGAGUGUGGGCUGUACCAGGACAAGGUGUUCUGCUUUGUCCAUCUGAGCAUCCAGGAGUUUCUGGCUGCCCUUUAUGUCUUUCUGUCCUUCAUCGAUACUGGUGUCAACCUGCUCUCAACCUCCAGGAAAGAUAAACUCCUCCUCUACCAGAGUGCUGUGGACAAGGCCUUACAGAGUGAGAACGGACACCUGGACUUGUUCCUCCGCUUCCUCCUGGGCCUCUCCCUGGAGACCAAUCAGAUUGUCCUACAAGGUCUGCUGGGACAGAAAAAAAGAUCACUGCCCACUCAGAUUAAAACUGGUUUGCUGCGAAUGACAGGAAGUAGGUCACAGACCAAUGAGGGAACAGUGUCUUACAUCAAGAAGAAGAUAAAAGGAGACUUAUCUGCAGAGAGAAGCAUCAAUCUGUUCCACUGUCUGAAUGAGCUGAACGACUGUUCUCUAGUGAAGGAGAUCCAGGAGUACCUGACAUCAGGAAGUCUCUCCGGAAAAACUCUCUCCCCUGCUCAGUGGUCAGCUCUGGUCUUCAUCCUACUGACAUCAGAAGAGGAGCUGGACGUGUUUGACCUGAAGAAAUACUCUGCUUCAGAGGAGGGUCUUCUGAGGCUGCUGCCAGUGGUCAAAGCCUCCAAAACAUCUCUGCUGAAUGCCUGCCAUCUGUCGGAGAGAUGCUGUGAAGCUCUGGCCUCAGUUCUCAGCUCCAAGUCGUCUAGUCUGAGAGAGCUGGAGCUGAGUACCAAUGAUCUGCAGGAUUCAGGAGUGAAGCUGCUCUCUGCUGGACUGGGGAGUCCACACUGUACACUGGAAACUCUCAGGUCAGUAUUCAGCCUCUUAAAACUGUGUCUUGGGGUUGUUAAAUAUGUAGCUCUGGCCCGCUGAUGUGAGGGUUAGGGGUUGACCUGUUAACUACUAGUAUGUUAUGUUUGUUACAUGUUAUGUAACUCUGGUCAGCUGAUGUUAGGGCUAGGGUUGACCUGUAAACUAAUAGUAUGUUAUGUUUGUUAUAUGUUAUGUAGCUCUGGUCAGCUGAUGUGAGGGUUAGGGGUUGACCUGUUAACUACUAGUAUGAUAUGUUUGUUAUAUGUUAUCUAACUCUGGUCAGCUGAUGUGAGCUCAUGGGGAUGAGGCUUUAGCCGUGCUGUGAUCUGAAUAUAAUGUACACCUCAUCAUAGAGCUUCACUGGCACGUGGUAAAGUGAAUCAUAUUGAACAUUAAAGAUGGACUUUAUUAACUUCACAUUAGUUUGGUGUAGUGCUGGUCAUGUCCGAUGCAUUUCUGUUGCUCUUUUGCCGGCUGACAAAACUCUCCCUGGUUCUACACAAUGUUAGAACCUGUGAAGAAACGGUCUCAGCGUACCAAACACAUCGGGUACGCUCCUUACUCUAACCGAACAAUAUCUCAUUGAGUUGUAGCUAUUGAGAAAGGAGCAUUUGUUUAAGAUCCUGUUUCACAUCCAAGUGAGGGAAGUUCUGAUGUCUGUGAUGAUGUCAUCUCCCCACUUCCUCUUCCUGUUCUCCUUGUCCUCUUCUCUGCUUGUCCUCCAAAUGGAAUGAAUACGCUUUAUAAAUGUGGUUACUUUAGUAUGAACUGCUCUCAACCAGAAUAAGUAUAAUAAUUUGUGUGCGUGUGUGUAGCUUGUCUGGCUGCCUGGUCACACAGGAAGGCUGUGCUUCUCUGGCCUCAGCUCUGAGCUCCAACCCCUCCCAUCUGAGAGUGCUGGACC